AUGACUUCCCGACUUGACCGCCUGGUCACAUUACUUGAAACCGGCAGCACUCAGUUGAUUCGGAAUACUGCUGCCCAGCAACUCGCAGACGUUCAAAAACAACAUCCGGACGAGCUAUUCAAUCUUCUGGGCCGCAUUCUACCAUAUCUACGCUCCAAAUCCUGGGACACGCGGACUGCGGCUGCCCGGGCAAUUGGGCUGAUCGUGACUAAUGCAGAUGUCUAUGACCCAAACGAGGACGAUGGACUACAGAUCAAGUCUGCAGCCGACGAUGACGACGACGAUGUGGAGAUCAAGUCUGAAGUCAAAGCAGAGGAGACGCCAUCCACAUCAGGAAAGUUUCUCGAUCUUGAGACGUUAGAUAUUACUUCCGUCUUGAAGUAUGGUAAACGACUACUCGGCAGUGCCGGCAAGGAGUACGAAUACUCCCUCGCAGCGAUGGACCCGGCAGCUCGUCUUCAGCACCAAAAGAAAACUCUUUACGGUCGUCUCGGUCUGGAAGGGGAGUAUGUGGAGGAUGAUAUUGACCUCAGCGACGUUGUCAUUCCUAAGCCACCCACACCAGCCCCCAAAAAGGAAACCUCGGCCCCCUCCCUUCCAAUCUCUCGUGAAAAUAGCCUACAGGAUGCUUCUCGGCGGCCGUCUUCGCCCAACGAAGCCUCCAAGCUCGAAGAAUCGGGACUUAGCAAGCGGCAGCUAAAUCAACUCAAACGCAAAAAUAAACACAGCGCCAAAAUUGGAGCGAACAAGGUGCGCGUGGUGGAUCUAUCGUCCUCACGUCGGACGUCAGAGAAUGUCACAACUCCGAUUGCGACACCUCAUCCCAUCAAAACGGAGAAUGGCGAGGACCAAAAUGGCGAAGUCAAACCUGACUAUUUCUCGCUGGAGCGCUCCGCUGGCGACGACGAUUCUAAAAUUGUCUCCGAAUUUAAAGGGCCGGUUGCUCCCGAGAAGCCGGUCAUUCAGCCUGACUUGGUGGACCAGGGUGCUGGGUGGCCUUUGGAAUGCAUGUGUGAAUUCCUGUCCGUGGACAUUUUCGACCCCAACUGGGAGGUGCGUCAUGGCGCGGCGAUGGCUCUGCGAGAGGUUAUCAGGGUGCAAGGCGCAGGAGCCGGCCGGGUGGAUGGCAAGACUCGCCAAGAAAACGACAUGCAGAACCGUCGAUGGUUAGAUGACCUUGCAUGCCGUCUAGUGUGCGUUCUCAUCCUGGAUCGGUUUGGCGAUUAUAUUUCAGAUAACGUCGUUGCCCCUAUCCGUGAAACCGUGGGCCAGACUCUUGGAGCUCUCCUUUCCCAUCUCUCGCCCAGGUCUGUUCGGCAAGUCUACAGCUGCCUAUACCGCAUCAUCAUGCAGAAAGACCUGGAUCUGGAUCGUCCAGUAUGGGAGGUCUGCCACGGUGGCAUGAUUGGUCUACGAUACUUGGUUGCCAUUCGGAAAGACGUACUUCUCAAGUACUCCUUGUUGAUGGAUGGCGUUCUCGAAGCCGUGAUGAAAGGUCUAGCAGACUUCGAUGAUGAUGUGCGCGCUGUCAGUGCGGCCACGCUUGUGCCGAUUGCUGAGGAGUUCGUCACAUCCCGUGCAGGCACCCUGGGCACUCUGAUGAACAUCGUCUGGGACUGCCUUUCCAAUUUGCAGGACGAUCUUAGUGCCAGCACAGGAUCUGUUAUGGACCUUCUAGCCAAAUUGUGUACCUUUUCUCAGGUAUUGGAUGCCAUGAAGGCGAAUGCGGCAGAUGAUCCGGAAGCUUCUUUCGGUAAUUUGGUGCCCCGCCUCUAUCCCUUCCUGCGGCAUACCAUCACGAGUGUCCGUUCCGCCGUUCUUCGCGCUCUCAUGACGUUCCUGAAGCUCGAGGGGGAAGGAAGCACAGACUGGGUAGAUGGCAAGGCGCUGCGACUGAUCUUCCAGAAUUUGCUCGUGGAACGCAACGAGAGCGUUCUGAAACUAUCCCUGCAAGUGUGGUCGGAGCUACUGAAAGCAAUCGAGCUCCGUGGAUCGUUCGCCCAAGCUACCGAGCUUUCGAGCUCUGUUGAGCCACUUGUCAACCUCACUCUUGGACCCUUCGGAGUUCCACGAUACCCCAUCCCCAUGAAUGCUUCUCUUUUCAUCAAACCGUCCGGAGUAGCUUUCUCCAUCGCUGCGCCUCCUCCUGCCAAACCCUCCUCGCCAUCCACAAGCACCCCAGGCGCCCCCGAGGGCAAGCCUGGCCGCAAACGCAAGUUGGAGAAGAAAGAAGUUCCUCCGCCGUCAGCACACAAUGUGGAUGGACAUAUGUUGUCUGGCGACAUCGAUCUCGUUGGCGCAGAUACUAUGCUCAGAUCCAAGAUCUAUGCGGCAAAGGCACUCGGUGAGCUGCUCUCCUUCUGGGACAAGCAUGAGCUUCCUUCAUUCUGGCCGACAAUCCUGGAUGGCUUUUCCCACCUAGCAUCCACCUCCCAGCUUGCGUCAGCCAUGGUUGUGGAGGAGUAUGCUCGACUUUCUGGACCGGAGAGUAAGUAUUCGGCAUCUCUGUGUGAGCGCCUGCGUCCCAUUAUCGAAGACGAGCGCCCAUCCUGGUACUCCGAUAUUUCCUGCUACCUACAUGUUGCGCGCGCACAGUGUCAUUCCCUGCUGAACACUUUCCGGGAUCACGCUCACGUUCCACCCUCUCGGUUGCCAACAUUAGCCGUUGUGGUUCAAGGCGACCCCGAAGCUGGUCCAAAUGCAUUUUGUCUGGCUGAUGCCGAUAAAAUCAUUGGACCAGACUUUGACCGCUUGAAGAAGAAUCUGACCCCAGCCCAGCGAAUUACAGCGACCCAGGUCUUAACCGAUACUCGCACCACGGCGCAGUAUGCGGUCGAUGAGGCACGGGCCAUGAGAGAGCAACGGGACAUGCGUGUCCUGGCAGCAGCAUCAGGUGCAUUGGUCGCGCUACGUGAUAUUCCCAAGAAACCUGGCCAUAUCAUCAAGGGUAUGAUGGACAGUGUCAAGAAAGAGGAGAAUAUUGAACUUCAACAACGAUCUGCUACUGCAGUCGCAAGCUUGAUCGAGCACUACACGGCCGCAACGAAGCGUGGACCGGUGGACAAGAUCAUCGGAAACCUGGUCAAAUAUUGCUGUGUGGAUACCUCUGAAACGCCCGAAUUCCCCCACAACGCUCACCUGGAAAAAUCCAUCUUGUCCCUCCGCAAAGAAGAGGAUCGCCGAGACCACCCGGAUGCUGCCAAGUUUGAGCGGGACGCCAAGGAGGCUCGUAUCAUGCGACGGGGUGCCAAGGAUGCUCUUGAGCAAUUGACAGUCAAAUUCGGCGCACAACUCAUGGAGAAGAUACCAAAUCUGGCAUCCCUUAUUGAGCGGCCCUUGAAGGACGCUCUAGAAGGCGACCUCCCCGAAAUAAUCACAAGUCCCGAGAACGAGCUCGGCCAGGAGGUUGUGGAUGGUUUCUCUACCCUUCGUGCCCUUCUCCCCAAGUUCGAUCCUGGCCUUUACUCCUGGGUUACUGGUCUGAUGCCGCUCAUUGCUAAGGCUUUACAAUGCCGGUUAUCUGUCAUCCGGUAUGCAGCUGCCAAGUGCUUCGCGACGAUCUGCAGCGUCAUCACAGUCGAUGGCAUGACGAUGCUAGUUGAGAAGGUGCUGCCGACAAUCAAUAACGCCCUAGAUAUCCAUCAUCGUCAAGGCGCCAUCGAGUGCAUCUACCAUCUGAUCCAUGUCAUGGAGGAUGGUAUUUUGCCUUAUGUCAUCUUCCUUGUUGUCCCCGUUCUCGGCCGUAUGAGUGAUUCCGACAAUGAUACCCGGCUGCUGGCGACUACCUCUUUCGCGACGCUCGUCAAGCUGGUUCCCUUGGAGGCAGGUAUUCCUGACCCUCCUGGCCUAUCCGAGGAGUUACUCAAGGGCCGUGACCGAGAGAGGAAGUUCAUGUCGCAGAUGCUGGAUGUGCGCAAGGUGGAGCCCUUCCAAAUUCCCGUCGCCAUCAAAGCUGAAUUGCGUUCCUACCAACAAGAUGGUGUCAACUGGCUUGCUUUCCUCAAUCGCUACAACCUUCACGGCAUUCUCUGCGACGAUAUGGGUCUUGGCAAGACCCUGCAGACCAUCUGCAUUGUCGCCAGUGAUCACCACAUGCGAGCAGAGGAGUUUGCCAAGAGCCAAGCUGCGGAUUCUCGUAAGCUGCCGAGCUUGAUAGUCUGCCCGCCGUCUCUCUCUGGUCACUGGCAACAGGAGGUAAAGCAAUAUGCACCAUUCCUGAACUGCAUCGCAUAUGUCGGACCUCCUUCGGAGCGCGCCAGAAUCCAGCCCAUGCUUUCUGAGGCAGACAUUGUUGUGACAUCCUAUGACGUCUGCCGUAACGACAAUGACUUGCUCAAUGCUAUCAACUGGAACUACUGUGUUCUCGAUGAGGGUCAUCUCAUCAAGAACCCCAAGGCAAAGAUCACACUUUCCGUGAAAAAAUUGAUGAGCAACCAUCGUUUGAUUCUCUCCGGCACACCGAUCCAGAAUAACGUUCUGGAGCUGUGGUCACUGUUCGACUUCUUGAUGCCUGGCUUCCUCGGUACUGAGAAGGUCUUCCUAGACCGAUUUGCCAAGCCCAUUGCGGCUAGUCGCUUCAGCAAAUCUUCGUCUAAAGAGCAAGAGGCUGGUGCUCUGGCGAUCGAAGCCCUGCACAAGCAGGUGCUGCCGUUCUUGCUUCGUCGUCUGAAGGAAGAGGUUCUCAAUGAUCUGCCGCCUAAGAUUAUCCAGAACUACUACUGCGACCCGAGUGACCUGCAGAAGAAGCUGUUCGAAGACUUCUCCAAGAAGGAGCAGAAGGAGCUUCAAGAGAAGGUUGGCAGCACAGAGCGCACCGACAAGGAGCAUAUCUUCCAGGCUCUGCAGUACAUGCGUCGUCUGUGCAACUCACCCGCUUUGGUGGUCAAGGAAGGCCACAAACAGUACAACGAAGUCCAGUCUUACUUGUCUGCUAAGCGGUCUAACAUUCGGGACGUGGCGCAUGCACCCAAGCUUUCCGCUCUGCAUGACUUGCUUGUUGACUGUGGUAUUGGCCUCGAUCACUCAGCCGAGGGCGAGUUGGAUACCGGUGCAAGCUAUGUCAGCCCACACCGUGCCUUGGUCUUCUGUCAGAUGAAGGAGAUGCUUGACAUUGUGCAAAACGAUGUUCUUAAGAAAUUGCUCCCGUCUGUCCAGUACCUUCGCCUGGAUGGUGGUGUAGAGGCGACCAAGCGCCAGGACAUUGUCAACCGUUUCAACACCGAUCCAAGUUACGACGUUCUGCUUCUGACCACCAGUGUUGGCGGUCUUGGUCUCAACCUCACGGGAGCCGACACUGUCAUCUUUGUCGAGCAUGACUGGAACCCGCAGAAGGAUAUCCAGGCCAUGGAUCGCGCUCAUCGUAUCGGCCAGAAGAAGGUCGUCAACGUUUAUCGCCUGAUCACCCGGGGUACUCUGGAGGAGAAGAUCUUGAACCUGCAACGCUUCAAGAUUGACGUCGCCUCCACCGUGGUGAAUCAACAAAACGCUGGCCUUGGCACCAUGGACACAGACCAACUCCUAGAUCUCUUCAGUCUAGGCGAAACAGCAGAAACGGCCGAGAAACCAGUCGAGCCCACUGGCAACGAAGUCGAUAUGGUCGACAUCGAUGGCGAGGUCAAGGAGAAGGGCAAGAAGGGCUGGCUCGACGACCUCGGCGAACUCUGGGAUGAUCGGCAAUACCAAGAAGAGUACAACCUGGAUUCAUUUUUGGCCACGAUGAAGAAUUAA